UAGAGUCGCCUCGCCAGUUCACGCAGCAACGUCGUGCCGCACGCAUCGGCACGCAUCGGCACGCAUCUGUUCAUUCUCUCUAAAGCAACAAACGUCAAAAUCAAUCAGCGUAUCGCGGACAUUUAUAGGAAAAUCUCGAUCGAUUCGCUUCUCAUUAAGAGAGUUUAAGAACCACAAGGCAAUAUGAGGCUACAGACUUUCCUAAAUUGGCCGGUUGUCAACGUGAUAAAUUCCGAAGAACUGAUUGUUUUCCAUGAUAUUGUAACCAAAAUGUUCGACUCGCUCCAAGAAACUGUGUCUAGGUCGUAGUGAAGUGCAGAAUUGGCUCUCGUGCUUCGUCCGUGAUCGGAAGUGGCGCAUUUGUGAUAAAAAUCGCCAAAAAAAACGUCCACUGUGAUCGCGAAUCGUUUAUCGUGUGGCUGAUUACCAAAGCACCGAGGCAUCGAUUACGAAAUAGCAUCGACUAUGGUAGUUUUAAGUCGCGUGGGGUCGCCGACGAUGUCAGCGACUGUUGCUAGCAAUCAACAACAGCAACAUCCUCAUCAGGAAUGGGACAUAAACGAUUCGAACGUUCCGAGGGUAGUGGAAUACGACCCUUGGUGUGAAUGGGCGGAUGGACACGUGAGGAGAGUCUACGGACCGGAUUGCGAAGAAGCAAGGAGACACGCCUCUGGUUGGGCGAUGAGGAACACCAACAAUCAUAACGUGAGCAUCCUUAAGAAGAGUUGCCUAGGCGUUCUGGUGUGCUCUCAGGAGUGCAUCCUGCCCGGCGGUGGAAGGGUUCACCUCCGGCCGGCGAUUUGCGAUAAGGCGAGGAAGAAACAACAGGGCAAACCGUGUCCUAAUAGGCAAUGCACCGGUCGUUUAGAGAUACUAUCUUGUCGUGGACAUUGCGGUUAUCCCGUGACGCAUUUUUGGCGGCACACGGAACACGCGAUCUUUUUUCAAGCCAAGGGCCAGCACGAUCAUCCGCGACCGGAAGCCAAAUCUACAUCGGAGGCUAGAAGAAGCGUGGGUUCGGGCAGAAGGGUUAGGGGAUUAGCGGUUCUUUUGGCGAGAGAGGCCGCCCUAGGCUCCAAGUUAAUGUCACUGAGAGGAACGAAAAGAUCGAGCACGGAUACACUCGAGCAGUCGGCGAGAACAACGCAGCCACCACCACUGAUUUCUGAUAAAGGAUAUUCAUGCUCCUGUCCACCCUUCGAGUGUAUAUGUUCGCUACAAGCUAAUAUACCGUCCUACCCGCAGUCUCACCAUCAUCAGACAACGGUAUACCCUCAACAGUUAUCUUCCACAGACGGAUCUUAUUGGAUGCAGAACGCUCCGCCGCAAGAGGACACCGUUGGUUACUGUCUGCCGAAUCAGGUUCCGCAGGAAGCUUACGGCGAUUUUCCACGCGAUCCCUUUACAGGCGAUCUCUUUCAACCGGAAGAAAUCUUUCAAUUGGAUCAACCGUUGAGGCCCGAUUUUUCUGCAAAUCCUCAGGACAUGGCACGUUCACCACCGACCCUUCUUGAUCUCGGUAGCGGUACCAUCAAAUAUGAAGUGAAGCAGCACGAUCAAACCUACUGGAAUCAAUUCCUUAGCGAAGAUUCCAGCAGCAGUCAUUUGAGUCUGUCCCAGGACGAGAGGUUCCACUUUACCAACUUCGAACCCGAUAAAGUUUCUAAUGGAUUUCUUAAAAAAACGAUGCAUCAUUACGCUUUACCAGAAAAGAAUCAAAGCCAACCUAUAAAUGAUGCUCUGAACUAUCAGAGCUAUUCUAGAUCGCAAAGUCAAAAAAGCUUCAUCGAAGGAAGCGCGAAACACGACGAGCACGAGCAGUCUUAUUGGUCCCAAAAUCAACAGGACAACAGAUUACAUUUAGAAGGCUUCGAAGUCAAGGAGGAGGAGCUUUUGGCCUCGCGCAGGGAGAUCGAAUGCUACAAGAACAGUUGUCAAUCUCCGAUUAUAAGUAGAACGGAAUACAAUCAGAUUUAUCAGAGGCCGAAGAGCGAGGAUCAGCACGAUACGACGCGACGUAGUUGCAACAGCUCCGAACAAGACAAGCCGUACACCUUUGACGGGUAUCACCAUAUGUUCGAGCACACCGCCGACAGCAAGAACCAAUCGCACAAUCGCGUCGCGCAUCAUCAGAACUCGUCCAGGUUAGGUUUGGACGACAGACUCCAAGGUGGUUACGACAAUCAGGAGACUCCGGAAAUCGCAGAGAGGCUAUUUCACAAUUCCGGCGUGGCGGAAACAUCCAUUCGCUCGCAAAACAGCCCCGAAACCUUCUUUUAUCCUAGCAACGACCGUUGCCAUUACACUUGCGAGAUCGUCGAGCGGAUGCCGCAGAUGCCGGGUGCCGGACCAACCAGUCACGGGACCGUAAACAGUUACGGCGAUCAGAUCGCCGCCGAUCUAGAUCUGCCGCCCUUCGUGGAUUACACGCUAGUCGGGAUGUUGUGCAGUUCCACGGACGAGGACACGUCGAGUCUGUUACCUUCCGCGGGGUCUUGUCCCCAGGACUCGCACAGCUACAUUCCUCAUCAUUAGAAUUAUAUAGUUCGUCGCCACUACUCAAUAUACAUAUUUGUAUUGUACAAAUAAAUACAUAAGAUAGUGUUGCCAGUCUUUCUCUCUAGGAGGUAGUACAUAUAGACUCGAUCGUUCGCUUCUCUUGUAACCACUCAACUCUAACAGCACAAGUAUUCGAAAAACGUUCAGAGGACAUG